UUCCUACUGCACGAAAGAGAGCGGGGAAUUUUGACAAUCGCCCAUUAUUGCUAAACAACAUUUUUUAGUUGUUUUUUUUACUUUGGAAACAAGUACAGUUUGAGACAGUUUGUUUCGCGAGUCAAAAAAAAGUUUAUUCAACAAAACGUUAUCGAUCUAACCCGCCGUGAGAGCCAAAAUGAGAACUUUAGAGGAGGUUCAGGCCACUCUGCAGAUCGCUAAACUUAAAGAAGACGAUCUGCAGAAAACCAUCCACUGUCUGUCUUUUGGACAAAACGUUUCAUCUGCAGACUACUGUCUGAUGGAGCUGGACGACACGCUGUGCAAACACAUAGAAGCUGGGCAAAGUCUGGUGAUUCGAGGGGACACAGAUGAGCGUGCUGUCCUCUGCAGUGGUGACAAGACCUACGAUCUGAAAAUAGCAGACACAUCUAACGUUCUGCUGUUUGUACCAGGAUGCAAAACACCAGAGCAGCUAACAAACAGCCAGGAAAGCUCUCAUGUGGUGCACACUCAGAUCUGGGGAUUUUGUAACAGUUACUGGGAACUGAGGAAACAGCGUCCGAAAUUGAAGAAGCUGAAGAAGAUGUUAAUGGAGAAUCCUUAUGAAGGGCCAGCUUUAGUGGGGCAGGAGGAGAAUACAGAAAACAGGUACACAAUGCAGGAUCUGCUGGAGAAGAUCCAGGCCAGUGAACAGGAGCUUAAGACCAAUUUAGAGACCAUCCAUGCCUGUCAGAUAGACGGCUACUGGCGAGUGCUGGACUUUGACUACGAGAUGAAGCUGCUUGGUCACGUGUGUCAGCUGGUGGAUUCUGAGUCAUGGUCCUUCAACAAGGUUUCUCUUCAAACCAGUCUAGAAGAGUUAGCUCCACUGGAGCCAAAAGAGAUGAUCGAGCACUGUUUGAACUCUUAUGGGAAGCGCUAUACUGAGAAUGACAAAGUUUUCUAUGCACUGCAUGAGGACAAAGUGUGUCGGGGCAUGGCGCUACUGCUGCUGCAGAACGCUGUCAAGUUCAACCUGAGGGAGUUUCAGGAAGUCUGGCAGCAGAGCGUCCCAGAGGGCAUGAGCACAAGACUGGACCAGCUCAAGAGCGUUGCCCUGGUGGAUCGCAGCUCCCGUCCAGAGACCAUCUGCCUGCUGCGGGUGGAAGAUCUUCCAGAAGACACGCUGGAGCGCUUCAACCACCUCUUCACACUCAGAGAGAAAUGGACAGAGGACGACAUCACACCAUACAUACAGGACCUGUGUGGAGAGAAACAGACCACCGGAGCUCUGCUGACCAAAUAUGCUCGAUCUUCACUGCAAAAUGGGAUCAAAGUCUUCAACUCCAGACGGCCUGUUGCUACAUGAACAUGAGCACCACCAAAUUAUACAUUUACAUAUGAGAAUGAAUGUGGUUAUGUUUGUUUCUAGAGUGAUUUUUGCAAUGGUCAAAAUUGUUUUAACUCAUAAUUUUCCCUAACUAUGCUCAGUUAGCACUGAUAGUCUUGCAGACACUUAAUGUGUAUAAUUCAUUUACUUAAAAUCCAAAUGUUACG